AUGACUAGUGCAGCAAGCCCAAUACAAAUAUCCAAGCAACAAUUGGAUCACAUAAAUGAUAAAUUGAAGUAUUUAUCACCAGAAGAGAUCUUAAAAUGGGCCUUUAUUACUUUCCCCCAUUUAUACCAAACCACAGCUUUUGGUCUUACAGGAUUGGUCACCAUAGAUAUGAUUUCCAAAAUGUUUCCCGAAUCUAGUGAACAUCCUAUUGAUCUUAUAUUUAUUGAUACUUUGCAUCAUUUUCCUCAAACCUAUGAUUUAGUUCAAGCAGUUAAAGAAAAAUAUAAUUCUAAAAUUCAUGAAUUUAAACCUUUAAAUGUGCAAGAUGACAUUGGAUUUUCCAAAAAAUAUGGUGAACAAUUAUGGGAAACUGAUGAUUCAUACUAUGAUUUCUUAGUUAAGGUCGAACCAUCCCAAAGAGCCUAUAAGCAACUAGGAGUGUUGGCAGUUUUAACCGGUAGAAGAAAAUCACAAGGUGGUGCCCGUGGUUCCUUACCGGUUGUUGAAGUUGAAGAAACUAGUGGGACGAUCAAAAUCAAUCCUUUGUGUAAUUGGGAUUUCAAACAAGUUAAAAAUUACAUUGAUGAAAAUAAAGUUCCCUAUAAUGCUUUAUUGGACUUGGGUUACAAAUCUAUUGGUGAUUGGCAUUCCACUGUUCCUGUUGCUGAAGGUGAAGAUGAGAGAAGCGGUAGAUGGAAAGGUCAAGCUAAAACUGAAUGUGGUAUUCAUGAAACCAGUAAGUUUGCUCAUUACUUAAAACAACAAAAUGAAGCUAACGACCAUGUAUCAAUUGCAACAGAAACAAAAGUCGAAGCUAAAGUCCCCGGGCCUUAUAUCCAUAGAAUAACUUCAUUUCCUGCUUUAAACGGUCAAAGAACUUUAAAGUGGAACGAAAAAGUUCGAAACUUACAUGACAAGUAUGGACCUAUAGUAAUUUUAUCACCUUCUGAAGUCAGUGUAAGUGGUGAUCAUCAGUUUAUAAACGAUAUUUAUGUGAAGAAUUUCCCUAAAUCAACUUUUUAUGCAAAUUUCACAAAUCACGGUGGUAAGGAUAAUAUGUUUGCCUCUUUAGAAAAUGAUCGCCAUUUGAAAUAUAAGAAACUUGUCCUGUCGCUUUAUAGUAAAUCAUCAAUUUUUUCAAACAAAAAUCCUACUAGGGAUACUAUAGUUGAAAAAGUCGGCUACUUAAGAGAUAACGUUUACGAAUCAUCAGUCACUGGAAAGAGACCAGAUUACAUCAAUGCCAAAUCAGAAUUUAAUCAGCAUGGUAAAGGACAUACUGAUAAUGGAAAAUGGUUUAAUAAAAGUGGUAGGAUAGCAAACUUAGGUAUUGAUGUAUAUCCAUUAUUUGGAUCUUUAGCAAUGGAUGUGGUAUCUAGUUUCGAAUUAGGUCCAGAAAAUGGUACAGAUUUACUAUUAUUUCCAGAAAAGAGAGAUAUUAUUAUAAGUCAUCGCUUACAAGCAAGUAUGUCAUUCUGGACAACAUUAAUGCCUAGAUUUUGGGUAUGGGCCGCCACUCCAGCCAUACUUAAAGCUUCGGAGACAAUUGAAAAAUGGCAUUUGAAACUUUAUCAAAGGGCAGAAGAAAAUGUACCAAAGUUCGAAGCAGGGAGAAAUUUAACAACUCUUGAGACAUUUAAGAAGAAUGGAUUGAAAGGUGAAUACGCUUAUUCAUUUUUAACGGAUAAUAUUUUUGCCGGGCAUGAAACUACCGCAAUUCAAUUAACUUAUAUGACCUAUGAAUUAUCAAGACCGAAACACCAUUAUCUUCAAAAACUUUUACAAGAAGAGUUAUUCAGAACAUUUGGUAAGCCAAGGGAUAAAAAUGAUUUAAUUAAAGAUUUGGAAAUAGUCGAUAAACUACCAAUUUUAGAAGCUAUAUUCCAGGAAAACUCUAGGGUACAUCCCUCAAUUCCAGGAGCUGAACCAAGAGUAACUAAUCGUCCAUAUGCGGUUACAUUAAAAUCUGGUGGGAAAGUAGUAUUGCCUCCAGGCAUUAUCAUAUCAACCCUGCCUUACUUAAUGCAUAGAGUUGAGUCAGUGUUCCCCGAAAGUGAAACCUUCAAGCCUGAAAGAUGGUUGCCUUAUGAAUACGAGAACGACGCUGAUUAUGAAAAGAGAAUCUCAUAUCAGCAAAAAUAUAUGAUGCCAUUUGGUAAAGGUGUUCGCAUGUGCUUGGGGAUGCAAUUAGCAUUAAUUGAAAUGAAAUUAGCAGUUGCCAAUCUUUACUGGCACUUCAAUUCAAAAAUCGACCAAGAUUGGUGCAAACUCACUCAAUACGACGAUUCGUCUAAAAUUGCUAACCCAAUCAAAAUGGGAGAUAGUGCAAUUGGUGCCAAUGAGUCCGACGAAGAAAAAAUGGCCAUGGUUGAUACUUAUACUACCAGACCGUAUAACGACGAGUGCUGGUUACAAUGGUACGAAAACUAA